GGAAGGAGAGAAGAAGAGCAGGGAGGAGAGAGAGAGAAGAAGAAGAAGAAGAAGAAGAAGAAGAAGAAGAAGAAGAGGAAGCGGGAGAGAUCAGAGAUGGGUAACAGCCUUAGGUGUUGCUUGGCCUGUGUUCUUCCUUGUGGAGCUCUAGAUGUGAUCCGUAUCGUACAUUUGAACGGCCACGUCGAAGAAAUCACUCAUCCCAUCUCCGCCGGAGAGGUUUUGAAGGCCAAUCCUAACCACGUACUCAGCAAGCCCUCCUCCCAGGGUGUAGUUCGUCGGAUUCUAAUUCUCUCUCCGGAGUCCGACCUCAAAAGGGGUAGCAUCUAUUUCUUAAUUCCUGAAUCGUCCAUCCCAGAGAAGAAGAAGAAGAGCUGCAACCUGAACGGCAAUGGCCACAGCCUCAAGAAGUCCUCCAAGAAGAGCAAGAAGGCCACCUCCCUCAUCACCACGGUAGCCACAGAUUGCGAUCGUUAUCUAACUGAAAUUCUAUCCGAGAAGAAGUCUUCACGUCGGGACCGCCGUAGCGGUCGAGUCGGAGUCUGGCGGCCUCAUCUCGCAAGCAUCUCCGAAGACUUGUAAUAUUUUCCAUUUUCUUCUUACAUUAAAAAGGAAAGAAGAAAAACGUUCUUCGGGGGCUACUCGAUCAUCCGAUGACUAAUGCGAGCGAGCUCAUUGGUUUGCCGUUUGUGGAUAACACAUUAUGUACUUUCUUUUUCUUUUUUAUAUAAUUUUUCGGCUGCGUGUAAGAGUUGCAGAUUUGGAAACCUCUUCCAUUUUUCGGUGAUCA